CUGAACUGCGCCCGGCCGGCGGAUCCUGAGCGAGCAGCUUUUCUUCCGCGUCUCGCCAUGCUGCUCUCGCGCCAGGUGGACUUGGAGGCGGCCGAGGCGCUAGUCAGCAUGAGCUUCUGGGGUCAAAGUUUGGCGGAGGCCCGCCCGCUGACGCCCACCUCUGACUCGUGUGACUCCACCCCCCCGCACUCAGAGGGCGGAGCCUCAGCCAAUGAGAUGGCGGCGUUGUCAUCUCUGUGCAUGACUCCGCCUCACAGUCCCAGCUUCGGCGAGGCUGACGCCUUUGGAACCACCUCAGUCCCGUCACGCCCGCCCGACGACUGCGCUGUGACACCCGUCGAGGGCGCCACCGCCAUGGCAACCAGCGUCAUACGCCACACCGCAGACAACCUCGGAGCGCCGCCCACCGCCGCUGCCCCGCCCACUCCGAGUCAGGAUCCUCAUGUCGCUCCCCCGCUUUCCUCGCCAUCUUCAUCGCCAGCUCCUUCCGUCUCGCCGCUCCUGUGCCAGCUUUUCCCGCUGGGCAACCGUCCAGGACUGAUCUCCGCCUUUGUGCCGGCGCAGGGCGUCUCCCUAGUGAGCUCGGCCAUGCCGCGGGGCGCCGUCAUGCUGGUGGUCCCGCGCACGCCGGCCCCCCGGACGCUGGUGACACUGGGGAGUGCCAAGCUGCUGCCCCUGGCGCCUACCCCCCUCUACUUGACCUCGGGCGCCGGCGGGAACGCUGCCCAGGACUUCUCCCGACGACGCAACUACGUGUGCGACUUUCCGGGAUGCAAGAAAACGUACUUCAAGAGCUCCCACCUCAAAGCUCACCUGCGCACGCACACAGGCGAGAAGCCGUUCAGCUGCCGCUGGGAAGGCUGCGACAAAAAGUUUGCCCGCUCUGACGAGCUUUCCCGCCACCGCCGCACGCACACGGGCGAGAAAAAGUUUGUGUGUGGUGUGUGCGCACGCCGCUUUAUGCGCAGCGACCACCUGACCAAACACACUCGCAGACACGCUAGUGCCAAGAGGCCCGCCGCCGCAGCCACCGCCUCCUGGACUGCCACUCAAGACUCAGGGGCAGCUCUUCCCAUCGCCUGAUUGGUUGCUGCAAAAAACUUUAAAAAAAUUGAAAAAUCACCUCAGGGUGGGGUGAGGUGGAGGACCCUUAAGGCAUGUCGAACUGUAAGUGGCUCAACCUCUUUUCUAUUCCAAAUCCUCAUCACAACUUUUCAACUUUGACCUCAGACAGCCUCGUAGCUGCUUGCUAGCGUCUGCAUCAUCAUUUGUCCAGCAGUGUUAGCGUCAUGCUAAUGCUGCACGCUCCGUCGACCUUCUGUACACAAAACAAAAACAUGUUGAAGAUGCAGAUGAGAUUAAAGGGGAACUAAAUGAAAAAUGUAUACAUAAAUUGUAUGUGCCAACACUAGUCAUAACACGCUAAUCUGAUUAAUAUUACGAUCAUGUCAUCAUUCAUCGACGUACGGGGGCACCCAUGUUUAGUGAAAUGGUUAUCGGCCGGAAAACCAAAAGUGUACAUCACAAGUACUGUAGCUUGUUGCCUUGUUUACAGCGCAUCUUAGCAAGCAUGGUUUGAUAAAAUUGAUAGCUAGGAAGUGCAAGUGUGUUAGGCUGUCAGCAUCAAAGGUAAGUGUGCAGAUUCAUUUUUGCUUAUGAAACAGCCUUUUAAAAGUAGUCCGGUGGCUGUCUCCUGCCUACCCAACACUCGCAGCCGGCCGACGAGCAGCUAGCUCCUAGCCGCUAAUGCCCGCGAACUGGCGCCGUGUUAUACAAAUUAGUAAUCGAUGACAGUGUAAUGAAUUGGCGUUUAUUUUUAUUUUUUUAGCAUAAUAAAUUAGCAAUUUAACAUUAUUUCGGAAUAGUGUUGUUUUGAUGUUGGUGGCAACUGUAUAUGAUGGCAGCAUAAGGUAGGAUCGUAGGACAGCAACUUGACUCACUGACCGUUGCCAGUCAAUUGAAUCACGCUUCCACCGUGAGCUGGCUCGAUAAGUGGAUCUGGCCGAUCAUAGCUUGUUGUUGCUUAACAUUUACCAACUCUGUCUGGUUUCCUGUGAAAAUAAAGAGGCUGAUGCACAUAACAUUCUCGCAAAUUUGCACACUCGCAAGAGUGAAAAGAUAUAAACAUGGCGAUCUUUUAAAUGUUCUUUUACGAAAUGUGGUACAUUUAAGUAAACAGCAUCAGAUAAAGAAGAUUUAAACAUUUUACUUUUAACUCAUUCACUGCCAGCCUUCCCAGUUAACAUGGAUAGUUGACUUCUAAAGCCGUCAAUGGCAGUGAAAGUGUUCAAAUAUGAAGUUUUGAUAUUGGGUUUAGUUCCCCUUUAAGAUGCUAAUCAAGCUAAUGUUAGCAUGACUGCUGGUAGAGGUCAUAGAACAAGCAUGUGUCGUGUUGGGACUGAAACACAGGACUGAAAAAGACGCCUCGCUCAGGAUUUUUUCAAUUUAUUGACGACAAUUACAACAAGAUGGUGGUCAGCUGCUUGUUCACAGAGAAAAAACAAACGAUAACAA